AUGCAUGGUGUGUUUUGCAGGUAUUUGAUUGCCAGCUUUCCGAAAGACUUCAAGAUCAGCUAUGCGAGGCUGCCUGAUCCAACCUGGCGCCCCCUGAUCAUCCGCAACCUGUCCAACCCAUCGGUGUUGGCUGUGGAUGAACAGAACCGCAGGCUCUUUGUGGCGGACGCGACAGCGAGCACAGUCUGGUGGUAUCAGCUGCGGGUCUCAGAACCCAGCAAGUUCCUUGUGACCGAUGGCAUCCAGCGUGUGGCAGCCACAAACAUCGUGGCCAAGGGCUUGGCAGUCAGCCAGGCGGGAGAGUUGUACAUUUCGGGUCGCGCGGCCUCCGCCGCCACCCCGGGUCUCAAUGCCAUCUACAAGGUGACUGUUUCGGACCAGCAAGCUUUGCAGCGUCUCUGGACUGCUGGGGAUGGAAGCUGGAUGCCUGUCAUGCUGCCGACAGGGCUACCCUCCAUGACAGAGCCAAUGAGCCCUUCCACGUCUGAGAUCUUCCAGCCGGGCCCCAUUGCCGUAGACAUGUUCACAUUGUAUUGGGGCAAUCAGAUCAAGGGGAAUGCCAGCGCAUUGGCCUCGGCGCCCGUAGCUGUGCCAGCUCCCUUGCCGGGUGCCAAUACACCGAAGCUUAAGGCUGGAGCUCAUGCGCUAGCCAACAAUAGCCUGGAGUCUGUGACAGGCCUGGCUAUCACAUCGUCUGGCGUGUUCUUUGCCGGCCGGCCCACAGAUGGCUUCCCGGGCAUCUUUGCAGUGCCAUACAAGGACAGCAUCGCUGGCUGCAGUGAGGACGACCACUGCGUCCGGCGUGUGGCGCAGGUGGCGAAUCCGCUUUCGCUUUGCUGGGAUGGAGACUCGACACUCUUUGUGGCAGACGCAGGACGCGCAGUCAUUUCAGUGCCCUCUGCCACAGCUUCGCGGCACGCGGUGGAAAAGGUGGCAGAUGCGCGGGGCAUCCGCGCCAUUGCCAUGCUUACAGUGCCAAGCACGGCGUCGCAGGAGCUCUGGCGCUGGCCGGCCCCCGGUGGCACUGUGGCUCUGGCGCUGGGCAGCGCCUGGAAUGCCGCGGCGGCUGCGGCGGCGGGGGAGCUGCUGGGCUCUCGGGUCUCCCACAUUGUCUCCGUGGGCUCCCACCGCAACUUUAAAGCGAUUGAGGCCCUGAUGGCUGAGCACGGGCACCGCCAUAUUGAGCACCAUUUCUUCCGCAUGUCGGAUUGGCUUCGACCAGACGAGCAGCUGGAUUUGAAAGCUGACCUGGCUGAGACUUUACAGGCUUUGCAGAUUGCAGUGCAGCCAAUGGAUUUCGCUGGGGACAGAGUGGUGCUUCUUCAUUGCGACCAGGGCCACAACCGCUCCCCAACUGUGGCCUUGGCUUUUUUUCUCUACAACGGCCACACGCUGAGAGAGGCCUACCGCCGGCUGCUGUGCGUGCGGCCUGGCGUGGACCCACUGCCGCCCUACCGGCGAGGGCUUUGUGCACUGGAGGCGGAGCUGUGCGAAGGGCACAGUGUUUGCGACUCGGACAAUUUCGCCAAGCAUGUGACAGAGCUGAUGAGCCUACCAGAUCUGCGCGAGCUUGCUGGUAGUUGUCCUCCCGCCUUCCAUGAACCGGAAGAGGACUUGGAGGACUCUGCUGAUGUGGCUGAAGGCGUUGAACACUUCGGCUUGGCCGUUGCCGUUCGACGCCUGGCCAUUGCCGCGCUGCUCGCGGAAGUCGAUGGUCGCUCCCACAUGCAGUUCAAAGAGGCCAAGUUCAAUCUGACAUUGACAGACGGGACAUAUUAUGAAGGGGACGGCAAAGUUGUUGAGGCAGGACCAGAGAUGGACGUUCUGAAGCAGAAAUUAAGGCGCGCGCAACUGAGACCUCAUGUGAAGGAACAGCUGGUGGCUUUGGGUUGUACCUUCGGGGCGGCAGGGGCCAAGCCGUCCGACAAGGAACAAGGUCGCUUAGCGCAAAGGGCCGAGCUGACGCCAGUCAUGGCAGGGAAGCGGAACUUUCUGGCAUUAGCGCAGCCGCCGCUCGGGUGGCUGCUUUGCAGCCCGCCAAGGUUGAUCCACAUUCCAAAGACGGCUGGAGUCUCUUUUGGGCUGGAUGCAUCUUCGAUUGUUCAACCAGCAUCCUUCCGGGAUAACAAGGAACGAGCCUGGCGCCACACCUACCAUGACGAGAAUCAGCAGGACAUUGUCAUGCUGCGACACCCGUUGGAGCACGUGUUGUCCCAAUUCAUGGAGUGCAAGUACGACUGGUGGGGCAGCAUGAGUGUGCGCGGCACAGCCUUCCCCAUGGGUCCAGGGGUCUAUGGCGGCUUCGAGGCGUGGACGACUCAUUUCCUCCAGUUGAGAAAUGAGCCGGUGGAUGGGAUGCUGCCGGACAGCGAGGACUGGGCUAGGGAAGUCAGCUACCAGUGCUACAACCCAUGGAAUAUGCAGUCCAGAUACAUGGCAACGCUGUGGCAACACUGGGUUCCCUUUGGAGAGCUGGAGCCCGACAUGCAGACGGCGACUCGCCACCUGGAGCGUGUGGAUGUCCUUGGCCUCCAAGAGCUCUACGUGGAGUCGCUGUGCCUGGUGUACCUUGCGCAGCACGGCGCUCUGCCGGACACGUGCAGAUGUGGUGGACCAGGACCUUUGAACCAGACAAGCCACGAGAGUCACAAUGUUCCGCAACAUUCGAUCGAAGACCUGCCGGAUGAGCUGCAGCAGAAGAUGAGCAAGAUGGUGCAUCAAGAUGCACAGCUCUUCGCGCUGGGGCUCAAGCGUGUGGAGACCGACUUGCGCAGGGCCGAGAAGCGCACCGGCAUCAAGAUUGUGUGUGAGGAUCGGCUUGACGACGUGUGGCGAAAGGCUGGCCAGCAGCCUGCCAAGGAGCUCACGUCCAAGGUGGCCAGGCUGGGCCGUGCCGGGGCCUGGCACAGUGCACUGCAGCUGCUGGAAGAGGCCAAUCAAGCUGGUCAGCUCGACGUGGUUCUUUGCAAUGCAGCGGUCACUGCCUGUGGCCGAAGCCAGGCUUGGCAGGCGGCGGUGGCACUGCUGCAGAGUAUGUCUACCAAGAGGUUGGGCUUGCCGGCUCCCGACCAGAUCACGGUGAAUAGUGCGCUGAAUGCUCUUGCUGCUUCCUGGGCGUCAGCUUUGCAGCUCCUGUGGGAGCUGAGAAGCGGGAGAUGGCUGCGGCUGCGGCCCAACACCGUGAGCUUCAAUACGGUGCUCAGUGCAUGUGCUAGGAGCCAGCAGUGGCAGAGUGCCUUGAACUUGUUUUCGGCGCUCAUGGAAGAGAGCCACGGCGACUGCACAGGCGCUCCGGACUUGGUCAGCUUCAACACGGCCAUGUCUGCGUGCGAGCGCGUAAGCCGGUGGCAGACGUGUGCGCUAUUGGCUGCAGCCGCAGAAGACAGAGGUUUGCAGCUGGACUUGGUCUCCUUCAACACUCUUCUCAGCAGUAGCGCACGCAGCAGCGAGUGGCCACGAGCCCUGCUAUUGGUCACCGAGCUGUUGUCUGGCGGCACGGCGGACUCUGCCUCGCUGGGUGCCGCCUUUGCGGCAUGCGAGCAGGGGGCGCAAUGGCAGGCGGCCCUUUCACUGCUGCAGCAUGCGCGGGCGCAGCGUCUGAGCGGCUAUGGGGCGAUGGGCAGCCUGCGGGUGGCAGGCCGCUGGCAGGAAGCCUUGCAAAUUCUGCAAGAGCUGGAGUCCAGCGGUGACGCCGAUGUGGUCGCCUACAGUGCUGCCUUGAGUGUACUGGAGAAGGCCGGUCGCUGGCAGCUGGCUUUGAACUGUGUGCUGCCUGAGAUGCACCUCAGAUCUGUAAUGCCCGAUGCGUACACCUUCUCGACACUUCUCCGCUCUUGUGCGGUGUGGGCAUCCAGCCAGGUUGGCGAGGCUGCUGUGAGAGCAGGUGAGGAGCUACUGCGUCAAGCGCAGCAGAGUGGCCAGGCCAAUGAGGUGGUUGUGGCAGCAAUGCUGCGACUUCUCGAGCAGGCAGAGCUCUGGACGAAAGCGCUGGAGCUGCUCAAGGAGCAUCGUCGGAAGCCGAACCUGAUACACUACGCCACUGCUGCGAGCGCUUGUGCAAAGGCACGUCGCUGGGAAGCUUGUUUGGCAUUGCUGCAGCAACUGGAUGAGGCUUCUACAACGCCAGACGUAGUGGUGCGGAGUGCCACCAUAAGCGCUUGCGAGCGCAGCUUCCAGUGGCAAGAGGCUUUGUUGCUCUUGGUUGGCAUGCAGGAGGACUUGGUGACUCCUGAUUCUGUUGCGUAUAGCGCCACAAUGUUAGCCUGCAACAAGGCUGGCCGCUGGGACCUGUCGCUGCAGCUGAUGGAUGCUGCCAUCAGGCAAGGCUGGCAGGCAGACGAGGAGAUCUCAGUGCUCAGCGCCGGCCUGGGGGCCUGGACGGAAGCACAGCAGUGGCAGCGGGCCCUGCUGGUGCUGCACCAGAUUGAACUCCUAGCGGCGCGAGCAGAGGCAAAGUGCUGGCUGCAAGAAGCUCACACAACUGCCAUGUUUGCGGCGCUGCAGGCCGGCGCCUGGGCCCAGUGCCUGGCAAUGCUGCAAGGUGAGACGGAGCUGUCACAGCUGGGCUGCGCAGUGCGUGCCUGCGGAAUGGGCAGGAACUGGCAAGGUGCCUUGCAGCUGAUGAGGAGCGACGGCUGCGAGGAGCUGUGGAAUGUGGCCAUCUGGGCCUGCCAGGCAUCAGAUGCUCCACAGCCGCUCUCACCUGAGCUCUGCGUUGUGUCUCUUCCAAUGUAA